AUGCCCUUCUCUUCAUCUGAACUCUCUGUCUCUAGCCCACCAAGAAACACAGUACUUCUCAUCAUCAAAAAGAACUCUCUCUUGCAUACACACACAGAUAUGGGGUAUCAGUCUUAUUCUUCUUCGAUAAGCUGUGAAAUCAGAAUCAUUGGAGCUAAAAAUAUAGAUCUCAAACCCCAGGGAGAAGUAUUUGUUAGAUGCUAUCUGUCUGCAGGAAACAACAAAAGAGUCCAAAUAAACACCCAACAAAUCCCAACAAAAUCUGAUUUGAUUUGGAAUAAAACUUUCUCUUUGGACUGCUCGGGAAGUGAUGAGGACUCCAUUUCCUUGCUCAAACAAGGAAGUGUAGUUUUCGAGCUCCGGUGGAGAAGCACUGCACCAUUCAUUGGCCGAAUCAACGGCUCAAAACUCUUGGGAAGAGCUGAGAUUCCGUGGAAAAAUGUUUUUUUAUCGCCAAAUAUGGAAAUUGAAAAUUGGGUUGUGAUGAUCCCGAAAGAUAAUAAAUGGGUAGAUGAAGAUGCUAAGCCAGCUGCAGUGCAAAUAGGAAUGAAAAUUCAAGAAUCUGCACUGGCAUCAAUAAAGAGAAGGAAAAAUGAUAGAAAGUGGGAUGAGUGUGGCUGCUGCACGGAUGGAAUGUGUAGUUCUUGUGUAGAUUAUGACAUGUUUGCGAUUGGAGCUGCUUUUGAAGCAUUGUAA